GUUAUCUUCCUGUGCACCGAUCCGUACUUAUCCAUUUGCGUUUCCGUCUUGCUUUCGAGUUAUCGACACAGGCAAAGAUGGGAAAGACAGAGUCUUUCAAGGACGAAUUCACUUUCGAAGAAAGGCUCGAAGAAUCACGCGAUAUUAUUGGAAAGUAUCCUAAUCGAGUUCCCGUAAUUGUUGAGAGGUACUCAAAGACUGACCUUCCUGAGAUGGAAAAGAAGAAAUAUCUGGUUCCCAGAGACAUGUCUGUUGGGCAAUUCAUUCACGUCUUAAGUAACAGGCUUCAUGUGGCACCUGGGAGAGCUAUAUUUGUCUUUGUGAAGAAUACUUUACCUCCAACAGCUACUUUGAUGGAUUCGGUCUAUGAGUCGUACAAGGAUGAAGAUGGAUUUCUUUACAUGUGCUACAGCAGUGAGAAAACGUUCGGACAUUCUGGUAGUCAAAUUCUUGAAUAUUGAUGUUUGUAAAUUAGCAGUAAAAUUAUGCAGUUCUCAGUUGAUAAAAUGUUUAGAACUUAUGAGGACUGCAUGUAUUAUGAUUGACUUUGUAAAUUAUGUAUGAGAAAUGAGUUGAAAGUCAUUUCCGACAGUAUGUUGCAAAAAUAUAUAUAUACAGAAAUUUCCCUGUUA